AUGGAGACCGGCGAGACCGGCCCACCCCCACCAUCGGCGUCCGCGGCGACGAGCGUCCCGAUUGGGACAAAGGAGACGCAAGUCCCUAUCGCCGCCGCGACCUACGCCACCGCCGCGAUUCAAAAGACCAAGCAGACUCCCGAGCAGCAGACCCAACAACAACACCGUGCCAAGGCUUUGACCCAAAUGUUCGAAGUCAUGGGUGCUGUACCGGGCAAUCGCACCGACCGGUGGUUGCAAGCCACCUUCGCCACCGACGAGUACCCUGUCGCUACCGCUACAUCGCUCAAGUAUUCGGCUCUCAACGCCAAUCGAUCCAUUCGAAACAUCUUCGACUUUGCUCUCGACGUCACUUUGACCGUCCAAGGCGCCUCGAAGGCCUCUCCCGCGGACAAGGCCGAUCUGCUCGGUUGCGUCACGAGACUGCUCUCCCCGCAAUCGCCCCUGUGCUUCGACGCCGAGGUCACCCUUCCCGAGCACCUUGCGGCGUUUGCGCCCCAGAUUAGGGGUAUCCAACACUCGUCUUUCGUCAGGGCCGGUGUGGUCAACCACCGUAUCUCCGUGGGAUUCGUUUCGGCGAAGGCACGUGACUCGGCGCUUACGGCCCCACUGGCGCUUACUUGGCACUCUGCAAAGGCUCACUUCGCAAAGGCCCACCACUUCUACCACAACAUGGUCGAGCUGCGUAUCAACGUCGGUGUCGCAGCGGUCCCAUCCAGGGAUGCCAUUGUUGACUCUUUUAAAUCAAUUGUCACCAAAAUCACAGCCAAGGGACACCGUUGCGAGCUGGUACAAGUCUUGCGCGUGAUCCACGUCGAUAACGACUCGGCCUAUGCGCACUUGGCCGGCGAGUUUUCGGCCUUUAUCCGCUUCGACGACGACGCCCUUUUCAAAGCCCCUAACAACACGCUGAAGGAGCUCCUACCGUCGAAGGUCUCUCUAGCCACUAGAGGCAACAUGCAUACGGCGGUUCGUCACGACUACGAACGAGAAGCGGCCUGUGCUCGGUGCCACUUUGUGGGGCAUGUGGAGACCUGCGCGCUGGAACAGGAGAGGAGGCAGAAGGAAGCGAACAACAACACCGGAAGGCACAACAAGUACCACAACAACCCAACCAACACCAACAACAACAACAACGACACCACCAACACCAACAACACCGACAACGACGCUUCCGAGGUUGUGGCCCCUAGCCGCGCCCUCGGAACCGACCAACUCGAAUCGCGGAACCGAUUUGCGGGGCUCGAGGUCGAAGGAGGACAGGAGGAUGACGUCGAGGAGGAGGAUGCAGGAAAGGAGGGCGAGGAAAAGGAGCAGGUCGAAGAAGGAGACGAGGAUACGGGCGCCAAGGCGGACGACGAGGAUUCGGACUCGGAUGGGAACGCCGGAGCGGGCAUCGACAAGGCGGGAGGCGACGACAAGGACGACGACAAGGACGAACAGGACGACAGCUCGGAGGGAAGCGAACAAAGGGAGGACGAAGGAAACGAUGGGGAUGACGUGAUGAAAGAUGGAGCAGAGGAGGAGGACGAAGGGACGGAGACGGAGGUGGAAGAAGAGGUCGAGCAGGAACAGGGGGUACAGGACGACAGCAUCAUGAUCAUCGACGACGACCAAACGACGAUCACCACGGUUUCCCGCGAGUCGACUCCUCGGAGUCCCUCGUGGCCUCCACUAUCUCCUGAGACGUUGGCAAAGUCGCUGCGCGAGGGUGCGGAGUGGGACCGAGCUAACGCCGAAGCUGCUGCACGUGUCCAAGCAGAAAAGGAGGCGAUCAUCAACGCCCAACUCGACGCGGAGGAACCGCUCGUUCGCCACCAAUUUGCAGAGUGGGGUCAGGAAGAUGGACAACUGCGAUUCAUCAACAUUCGUGGCACCGGCUCCGGGUCGAACAAGAAGAUGAAGAGGUCGCAAACGGUGGCCGAUCUCAGCGAUCCGAGCGACGACCCGGUCGAUAUCAAGCGCGUUCUGAACAGGGUUAAAGGUCGAGCAGGAAAGGAGGUAGCGGGUCAGGGGAAGAGGGUGACGAGGUCGAUGUCGGCGGCGGCGGCGAUGCAGGUCGAGGGGGCCAAGGCGAAAGCGGAGAAGGGUAAAGGGGUGGAGGAGGAGAAGCGCUGGUCCGACCACGAGCCCGAGGAUGACAUUCUCCCCGAAUUCCCACUCUUUGAGGACGACACUACCGCCAAGAGCACGUCUACAUCGUCUACCCAAUAAUGAUCAAGCACACCAUCACCAGCUGGAACGUGAGGAGGUGCAUGGGGAUCCCGGAAAAGCGACGCAACAUUUACACCUAUUUAUCAACAUUCAAAGCAUCCGCCAUUCUACUACAAGAACACUUCAUCAAACCGGAACUCUGGCAAUGUAUCAAGGACGAGUACGAGGGCAAGGUCUUCAUCAGCAAACACUGUCUGACUCUGAUCCCCGCCGACUCGCCCCUGAUCGACGCCGAGAUUUUGCGCACCCACUCGGCACUCGACGGACGAAUCCUGGUCACCUCCUUUCGACUUCGAGGCGACAUCCGGAUACUCGAGAUCAACAACAUUUACGCACCAGUCGAUACAAAACAACGACUCACAUUCUUUGACAAACUACAUUUCCACAGGACGCAGAGCACCCACCUUCGACUCCUCGGCGGCGAUCUCAACGACUGCCCGCUGCCGGCGAUCGAUCGGCGGAACCAAGGUCGGCACGGCCAUCACUGGCCGAUCCUGAUCGGCAAGCUCGACUCGCCCUACACCGACUGCAUACGAUUCAAACACCCGCUCACACCAUCUUUCACUCGACCCAACAUCGUCCGCAAGCGACCAAAGUCCUUUUCACGACUUGACUACUUCCUUCUGCAGCGCACCCACCAAAAGCGACUCGUCCAAGCCUCGACGAUCUACGACCACCCCAAGGACCUUUCGGAUCACCGACCGGUCUCGAUCGUCCUAGUUCUCUCGGACGAGCGAGGAGACGCGGCUCAACCCAACAACAGUUUACCAACGACAUCAAACCAAUUACAUCGUAUCAACGCGGCGACCUUCAAGACGGCGGAGUUCCAGGGGAUGUUGGAAGGAUGGUUGGAAGGAGCGAGUGGGGAGGAACCGGUGGGGGAGCUCGAGGUGGUGCUGGGGAACUGCGCGAAGGAGGGUCGGGAGCUGGCGAGGAGGGAGCAUCGGGAGCGGGUGGAGCGGAUGGCGGUCUUGGUGGGAAGGGUGCAGGAUCUGGAGGCGUUGCCGGUGAUGGGGGACGAGGAGACGGCCGAAUGGACGCGGACGACGGAGGAACUUAGGCGAGCGGUCAACGAGCGCGCGCGCCAACUUCGGAUCCGAGCCCACGUACCCGAAAUCGCUACCGAGGAACGACUGUCGCGGCCGGUCCACGCCAAGCUCGCGGCACGGAGUUCGGAUUCCAAGAUCACAGCACUGCGAUUGCCCAACGGAGAGCUGACACAUGACAUUGACGUCGCGCUUGACCACACACAGGCGCACUUUCAGCGCCUCUACGAUCUCGAGCCGCGCGAUCGGGACCACGUCGAGCGACUUAGGGACGAUUUCUUGGCGCCGAUCAGGUCGGCGCGCACUUGCGACGACCCGAGCUCGGACCCGCUCUUUCUGCGACGACUCUCGGAAGCGCACAUCGAGCUGCUGCAGCAACCCAUCACCGAGGACGAGGUCGUAGCCGCAAUCGCAACAACACACCCCGGUCGAUCGCCGGGUCCAUCUGGCGUGCCCUACGAGCUCUAUCACACAGCGCCGCGGGCGUGGGCCAAGGCGCUGAGCAGGGCCUUCAACGCGAUGACCGAGCGCGGCUCGCUUUCACCGAAGCAGGGGCAAGGACUCGCUCGCCUGCUCUUCAAGCACCACAAGAUCGGGGCCGAUCGCGCCGAGCUCUCGUCGUACCGGCCCAUCACCUUGCGCGAGUGCGACUACAAGCUCUUCACCAAGGUCUACGUUGCGCGACUCAACCACGUGCUGCCGGACCUGCUCCCACCGCAACAGCACGGCUUCGUCAAGGGCCGCCGAUCGGCGGACGCGUCAUUCCACCUGCGACUCUUGAUCGAGGAGCUGGGCGCGCGCGGCACCGAGUUCCCUGACGCGGCGCUCUUGUCUCUUGACCAAUCGUCGGCUUACGACCUCGUCGAGCACGAAUGGAUCUUCGCCAUCUUCGACGCUCUCGGCGCUCCUGCCGCCUUCCAACGCGUUCUGAGGAUGCUCUACUCGGGUGACUCAACCACGGCGCGAUAUAUCAUCAACGGCUUCUUGACUCCGCCGGUGCGGCUGACGUGUGGGCUCGGCCAAGGGGACCCGGCGUCGUCGUCGGUCUGGGAUGUCGUGUUCCAGCCGUUCCUGGAUGCUCUGCACCGUCGAGGCAUCGCGCUGAACCUCUCGCUUCCUACCAUUCACCCCUACCCACAGAGCCGCGCCAUUACAUCCCUUGCGUUUGCCGAUGACGUCGUCGUCGCCGUCGCGGGCUCGGAGUCACUCAACUUGCUCGACGACCUGGCGCUCGACUGGAGGCUCGCAACCAAUGGCCGGCUCAACACCGACAAGACCGUCGUACUACCCAUCGGGUGUCGCUGGGAGGCUGGCGAUCGUCCGCUCGUCGUCAAGGCCGAGGGCGAGUCGCUCGAGUGGAUCGGCCUAUCUUUCGACCCCACCGGCAACACCGAACUCGCCAACGUGAAUCUCGUCGCACGGCUCGAAGCGGUGCUCGAUUCGGCACGGGACCGAGGGCUCACACACCACACCCGAGCGUUCUACGUCAACCGAUACGCCAUUCCCAAGAUUCUGCACAUCCUCUCCGCCGACAUCCCACCGCUCGAGGUCGUCAAGGAGCUUGAUCGCAUUCUCGCCGACUUUGUCCGCGGCGGCAAGAGGAGGUCGUGCUAUGGCAAGGACGUCGUCUUCACACCGAGGUUCAAGGGGGGUCUUGGGGUCAUGCGGAUGCAGGACGUCGUCGACUCGGUUGCGGCACGCGUCUGGGACGUGCUUCUUGGCGGUUCGGAUGCGAUCUGGCAGGGACUUGCGCGCGCGGCGAUUGUACGAGCCCAUCCCGCCCCCGACUUUGACUUGGCAACCGAUGCGUGGCCUUGCGACUACACUCCGAUCCGAACCGAUCUACACCCAAGAUGGCAGGCCGUGCUGAAGGUACCAUCGACGCACAAUGCGCAAGUCAAGCCGAGGACGUUGACGCUCGCGAACCUUCUCGCUCUUCCGAUCAAGUUGCACACCCUUCACUACCUACCGGGAGCACCAGCUGUGUCGCGACCACCCUACGACGCCGACUAUGCUGCGUUUGCCAUUUACGCCAAGGUAGCGGACCUGUUUCGACGCGAGCUGUACCCGGGCGGGGGCUUUCAUCUCUGGACGCCGCCGACGGAUGUGGUCGUCAGCAACAGCGAAUACGAUCAACGGGGCCGCCCACAACGAGAGCACAUCGUGGCAUGGUACCGACAUGCGAUCAAUCGAUUGAGGUUCACACCAAUAGCUCAACCGGUGGCGGCAGUACGAAUCAACGGGCCUCCCCGAGUCCGCCCCACCACGCCGCUCGAGUCGAUCCUGCCCCAUCCGAUCGACCCGCCGCAGCGCUUUCCGAGACCGGCUCUCCCAGACCAAUCAACACAAUACAACUUGCUCAGCAUGGAUCGGCCAUACACCAUCCGUCGCGUCCGCCGAGUCUUGAAUGCAAAGGCCUUCACCGACACGAUCGGUUUCAGGGACUCGCUGCAGCCCGACGAUCUCAAGGGAUUCUGGAAGGGGUUCAACUCGAAGGCAUUGACGGCGAGGGAACGCGAGGUGUGGUUCAAGCUCGUCAGGAACUUCACCCCGACUCGGAGUCUGCAGUUUCAUCAAAAGCACGACGACUCGCCCGCGUGCCUCGUCUGUGGAGCGCCCAAGGACGAUCGGGAGCACUACUUCUUCGACUGCGUUGACUCUAGGAACGUUUGGAUCGCGGCAAGGGGCGUGCUCUGCGACGCACUGGGGCUCGACACGAUCGACAACACGCAUUACACGGCCGUUCAACGCAUGUUCGGACUUCCGAAGCUCAAGGCCAGUCUGCGCGAUCAGGAAGGAGCGGGGAGGACGAUCGAAAUAUUCACCGGGCUGGUCUUGGAGAUGAUCAGCAGCGGGAGGUGGGGGACGCAGAAGUGGGGGACGAGGCUGGAGGGUGUUGGGAGGAGGAGGAUCAUCUUGGAGGAGAGGUUGAAGCUGAGGGCGGGAGGAGCUUGGGGGAGGAGAGGGCAGUAG